CUGAGACGACACUUCCGCUCUGAGGCGGCGCAGGCAUGCCGGGAAGUGUAGUGCAGGGCGACGUCCGCUGGACGUGAGAGGGCUGAUGUGAGACCGAGAGCCUCCGUGGUGAUGUCAAAGAGGAUGUUUAGUGGCGUUUGCACUUUAAACACCCAGCUGACAGCCUGACACCGUGCGCGCUGUCUGUUUAAGCACCUUGGAGAACUCCGCUCCGCAGCGCAGCGCAGCGCAGAUGUUGAAUCGACACUGUGCGUAAACUACGUCGCAUCCGGAAGAAGCACCAAAUGCUGCACUGACUGCUGCUGCGGCUGCUGCUGCCUUCUUGUCCUCACCCUUUGUUGAUGACACUGACCGACUGUUUCGCUGUUUACAGCUCCGGAUCAGAGGUGUGAUGGAGGCUGCAGGGCAGAUUUAGAGCGAUGCUUCUCGUCCACCCUUCGCUUGCUGCAGAUCUUGUUUCACUGGAUUGGCCGAGGCAGAUGCCAUUCAAUACACUCUCCCAGCGUGCAUGGGCCGAGGUAUAAACAGCAUGGCCAGCGCACAUUCCAGUGGGUCUAAAUAUAUCUAUUAAGGCCAUAGGAGGGGGAGGACGGCUGCUGGAGGGGGUUUAUCCUGGGACAUUUCACCGUCGUGGUGGACUCGCACCACUUGAAUUAUCUUCCGGAGAUUGACAAUCGGUUGUCGCACCCACAAAGGACUCGGCCCUGUCCAAAACAUGCCCUCCAGUUACAACGUGAGAUCCAGGGCGCGGGAGAGGAACAGCGUCCUGAGCAGACCUGAGUUCAUGUCACUGAACCAUCAGCCCGUCCGAAGCAACGGCGGAGGAGGAGGAGGCAGCGCCGGCGGCGGCGGCGGCCCCUCGGAGAGCCGGGGCAGCGCAAGGAGACCGGGUCAAGUCAAGCACCAAACGAGCCAGCCGAGCGAGGAACCCGCCGACAGCGGCAGCAAGGACAAGAGGGAGCCCGGCAAGAUGCCAGAGGAGGACUGCAUGCUGCUGAACCCUUCAUUCAAGGGGAUAGCCAUAAACUCCCUCCUCGCCAUUGACAUCUGUCUGUCCAAGCGCAUGGGGGUGUGCGCCUACACGUCGUCCCCCUGGGGAGGCUGCCGCUCCAUGGUGGCCCUGCUGGCGCUCACGGGCCACGGCAUCACGUGGAUCAUUGGCACCAUUGUGUGCCUCACGAGGAGUAACACGCUGGCCGGGCAAGAGGUUCUGGUCAACCUGCUGCUGGCCCUCCUUCUUGACGUCAUGACUGUGGCUGGAGUCCAGAGACUGGUGAAGCGCAGGGGACCCUGGGAGAUGACGCCGGGCUUCCUGGACUGCGUCGCCAUGGACAUCUACUCCUUCCCCGCCGCUCACGCCAGCCGCGCCGCUAUGGUCUCCAAGUUCCUGCUGUCCCACCUGGUGCUGGCCGUGCCGCUCCGCAUCCUGCUGGUGCUGUGGGCGUUCCUGGUGGGCGUGUCCCGGGUGCUGCUGGGGAGACACCACCUGACUGACAUGGUGUGUGGCUUCGCGCUGGGCCUGCUCCACUUCAGCUUGAUGGAGUCGGUGUGGCUCUCAUCAAGCACCUGUCAGACUCUUAUUUCCAUUAGCACGCUCAGCUGGAGCCCCUUUUUCUGAGCUUUUGAUAGAAGACUCCGUCAGGCUUAUUUGAUACACUAACCUCGCAGCUUCAGGGUCUUGUGAAGGUAUUUCUGCAAGGGUAUGAAGUUCUUAUCGCAGGGUUCGAACGCGAAAGCAUUAACAUUUGGAAUCAGGUGUUUGCUUGCAUGUAACGCCCAAAACAGGCAGGUCACAAGACAUUUCAAGUUAAUGGCAGUAAGUCAAAUCUACUAACACACACACCUCCACUGCUUCUUGACUCAAAUCAUUUCAAGACAACUGCACACUGACGAUGAUUUGGUGAAAAACGUACAUGUAGGAUUAAGGUUUUUUCAUUUUUAAAACAUUACACUCUACUUACAUUACUUACUACAUGACAGAUUCUCUCUCCACUUUGUGUGCCUCUUUUUCUUUCCCUCCUUUCACUUCCUUCUUCUCUGUCGCCUCUUCCUCUUUUCUCAUUUCCUUUAAAAAUAUGUGGGUUUUUUUGGUUUGGGGUUGAACACUGAAUUGGGUUUGGUGUCAGGCUGUAAUGUUGGAUGUUACACUACAAUAUAUAAAAGUGACUGGCGUGACUAAUAAUGUUCAUUGUACAUUUUCUGAUGGGAUAAUUUUCUUUCCACUCUGUAUUUAACAAAUACGAACUUACCUUGACAUCUCUGAAUUUAAUAUUUCUCUUAAGGGGGUCAAAUAUAAUUUCCCUCAGUGUGCAAUUUAUGCUGUUAUGAGUUUGAAUCUUUUGUUUUUAUGGCAGAUAUUUCUCAUCGGCUCUUUUAUUUUCAGGCUGCUGCACUCUGCACAUUAACAGAUGUUUACGGUUUGCCAGUGAUUUUGAUUCAAUGCCCUACAAAACAACUGAAGCGUGUGUGUGUGUGUGUGUGUGUGUGUGUGUGUGUGUGUGUGUGUGGGGGAAUGUUGGCAUACAAAAUAAAAAAUACCCGUUUGAAAUACCAAUUUUUAAUCAAUUACACCUUUCUUUUCUGAAUGUGUUUUUUAUGGACCUUUAAAUGACACCUGCUGUUUUUUUUUUUUUGUUUGGUGUGUAAAUACAGUUUUGUGUACAUUGGUUUGCUUUAUUCUGUACAGGGAUCUGUAUACCAUGUUUUUACUUUGUUUCUCCAUCUCAUGAAUAAAACGAGGUGGGCUGUC